UGUUGGCUGUGUGACCCCGAUGUUGGUGUGUUUACAUCCUCUUAACCUAGCAGUUCGGCGGACCGAUAGAAUAACUAAUGUAAUAUGUAUAACGCACUCGCUUGAAACGUGUGACGUAUCACAUUUAUACACAGAAGCAGCAGGUGAUAGCGUUAGCGAAUUGACCAAUCAGAAGCCAGCAAAUCUCAACUGCUAUAUAAGCAGCCGCGCUAUCCUUUCCAUUGUCACAUCUUUUCUCUCAUUCAACGAGUCGCAAGCAAUUUUCUUCUCUUACGACGAACUGAGCGCUUUGUUACAACCAACUUGGAUAUUUCCAAUUAACCGAAUCUUGAUUUUUAUCUUACGGACUUAUACAUUACUUUGCAAACUGUCAUUCUUAAAUCACAACAUGAUUUUGCCUGAAGAUUCUGAAAAACCCAUGCAAUCAAAAGAAAGGAACAACAUGGAUAUCGGCCAAGCUUUGAGCGAGUUAAUCCUUAAAUCCAAGUCUGAGGGCAGACUGACCUGCGGUGUGGCGAGCUCCGUCAAAUUACUGGAAAUGGGUCCAGAUUUUGUUCUGCUUUGCAUUCUGCCAGUAGACCGGAACCAGUCCGUUAUGGUCAGCAUUCAACAGACUUUAGUUGAAGCCUUUUGUCGUGAUAACGACAUUAAUCUUGUAAAAGUUGACAGCACUGACAAAUUGUCAGCACUUGUCAGAUACGAGGAUCCAAAUGACAACGAGGAUUAUCGGGAUUACUGCUGUGUACUGGUCCAGGCUCCAACCUCUUGUGCCGAAAAAUGUGAAUUCCGCAAGAUGAACCAGUCAAUUGUUGAUUACUAUAACUCUGUAUUUGUGGACUGGGAGUCCGAGCCUAUUAUUGAACUCCCUGGAUGAUUCUUAUAACCAAUUUACUCCAAAUCUAUAUUGCCUAAAAUUGGCGUUCUCGCAAGAGCGCGCAGAACAGGUUCUUUCGGUCUCUUGGCUUGUUCUACUUUACUCUGGUAGACCAGUACUGGCUAUUUGGCACAAAACCAGAAAAUAUAGCAAGAAAAAAGUGGGAUCCCUACCACGACUCAGCUCUGCUCCAAAGCAAGUGACAAUACCAGUGUCCCCUCUUCUGUUUAUGCUGGGGACUGUAGUGGAAGACAAAACGGAUACUUUUCUUCACUGGAAGAAUACUGUUUGGCUCUAACCAGGAAUAGACUGUACAAUAUUUUACUGCUAUGGAACUACUCUGUGCCUUUUGAGUUUGGUAUGAUCCGUUCCUUUUUGGAGCAUGUCCAAGAUGAGCUUGGGAAUAAAUUUCUUACAUUGAACUAAAGGAUUGAAGAUUCUCUCACCAUUUCUAUAACUGACUCUAUAGAACAUUUGAUUUCUAUAUCUCCUUUUAAAACAAUGAUAUUUUGUAUUCCUGUUUUUAACAAGUUUACACCAACUGGAGUAUUUGGUUCUGAAUAAACUUCUU